GGCCCCCCACUUCUUUGAGCGCAAGGAGGAGAUCGGGGGGGCCGCCUACGUCUACAUCAACCCCGCGGGGCACUGGGACGCCGCCGCCCCCCUGCGCCUCAACGGCACCCGCGGCUCCAUGUUCGGCAUCGCCCUGGGCGCUGCCGGGGACCUCAACCAGGACGGCUUCGAGGAUCUGGCCGUGGGAGCCCCCUUUGAUGGCGCUGGCAAGGUUUACAUCUACCACGGCAGCAACCUGGGCAUCGUGGCCAAGCCGGCGCAGGUCCUGGACGGGGAGGGCGUGGGGGUGACGGCCUUCGGGUACGCGCUCUCGGGGGGGCUGGAUGUGGAUGGGAACCUCUACCCCGACCUGCUCGUGGGCUCCCUCUCUGACACCGUGGUGCUGUACAGGGCUCGCCCCGUGGUGCACGUCUCCAGGAACGUCUCCCUGGUUCCCCCCAACAUCGACCUGGAGCAGAGCAACUGCCAGCACCAGGAGGGCGUCUGCGUGGACGUCAGAGCCUGCUUCAGCUACACGGCCAGCCCGGCCAGCUACAGCCCCCCCCUCGUGCUGGAAUACGUCUUCGAUGCCGACACGGAGCGGCGGCGGCUGGGCCAUGCCCCCCGCGUCGCCUUCCUCGGCCGCCGGCCCUCGGACCCCGAGCACCAGUUCUCCCACACCGUGGAGCUGCCCCGGCAGCACGCCCGCGCCUGCGUCAAAGCCACCUUCCAGCUCCAGGACAGCAUCCGUGACAAGCUGCGCCCCAUCGCUGUCACCCUCGCCUACGGCAUCCAGGGGGCGGGGGCGACGCGGCACAGCCGGGGGGCCGCCCUGCCCCCCCUGUCCCCCGUGCUCAGCCCCCAGCAGCCCAGCAGCCAGCGCACCGAGGUUCACUUUCUGAAGCAGGGCUGCGGGGACGACAAAAUCUGCCAGAGCAACCUGCAGCUGCACUUCCAGUUCUGCGCCCGCCUGGGGGAUGCCGAUUUCGUGCCCCUGCCCAGGGGUGAGGACGGCACUGCCAUCUUCGCCAUGAGCGACCAGAAGGACGUGGCCCUGGAGAUCCACGUCACCAACCUGCCCUCGGACCCUGCGGAGCCGCAGCGGGAUGGGGACGAUGCCCACGAGGCCGUGCUCACCGCCACCUUCCCCGAGGAGCUGCCCUACUCCGCCGUGCGCCCCUAUGACGGCCGGGCACCCUCGGACAAGCCGGUGGUUUGCCUCGCCAACCAGAACGGCUCGCAGGUGGAGUGCGAGCUGGGGAACCCCCUGAAACGUGGAGCCCAGGUGCGUUUCUACCUCAUCCUCAGCACCCUGGGCAUCACCCUCCAGACCACGGACCUGGCGGUGGAGCUGGCCCUGUCCACGAUCAGCGAGCAGCCGGGGCUGGAGCCGGUGGUGGCUCGGGCGCGCGUGGUCAUCGAGCUGCCUCUCUCAGGUGACAGGGGUGAGUGGCAGCGGGGCGGCGUGGCCGUGCCCCCCCGGCUCUUUUUCGGCGGGGUGGUGCGGGGCGAGAGCGCGGUGCGGCGGGAGAGCCAAGUGGGCAGCGCCGUGCGCUUCGAGGUGACGGUCUCCAACCGGGGCCAGUCGCUGAAGACGCUGGGCUCGGCCUUCCUCACGCUGCAGUGGCCCCACGAGAUCAGCAAUGGGAAGUGGCUGCUGUACCCGCUGCAGCUGGAGCUGGCGGCGGCACCGGGGCCGCGGGCGUCCUGCAGCCCCGCUGCCAACCCACUGCUAGAGCCGCCAGGGGACACUGAGCUCGCCGAAGCGCCCGCCGCGGGGUCCUGGCGGGUGCCAGCACCUGCAGAAAGGAAAAAGAACGUGACACUGGACUGUGCCCAGGGCACCGCGCGCUGCCUGGCAUUCCGCUGCCCGCUGCACAGCUUCGAGCGCGCCGCCGUGCUCACUGCCCGCGGGCGGCUCUGGAACAGCACCUUCCUGGAGGAGUUCCUGGCCGUCACCUCGGUGGAGCUGAUCGUGCGCGCCAGCGUCUCGGUGACCUCCUCCAUCAAGAACCUGGUGCUGAAGGACGCCUCCACGCAGAUCCCCGUCACCAUCUACUUGGACCCCGGUGUGGCGGUGGCCGGCGGCGUGCCCUGGUGGGUCAUCCUCCUGGCCGUGCUGGCUGGCAUCCUCGUCCUGGCCCUGCUGGUCUUCAUCCUCUGGAAGCUCGGUUUCUUCCGCCGGGCACGCUACGCGCCGCCGGCCGUGCCGCAGUACCACGCCGUCAAGAUCCCGCGGGAGGAGCGGCAGCAGUACCGCGAGGAGAAGAUGGGCACCAUCCAGAGGAAGGAGUGGGCUGUGAACUGGAGCGAGGCCAGCGACGGGCAUGUCACCCCCAGCUCAGGCGUAGCCCUGGGGCUGCCGACCCCAGCGGGGGGACGCGGGACACGGAGCCCCCCCCGGCCCUGCUGGCCGUGCCCCAAAAAAGGACCCUCUGGCAACGCGUGGGGACACGCACGUGUGUGUGCCAGCAGCUCGCCUGCCUCGGCCAGGCACACCCAGGAACUGCUCGCAGUGGGACAGGGGCCCCGGGGACGGCUCCGCUGCAGGCUGUCUCUUGACCCCAGGGGGAUGGCUUGUCCCCAAGGGGACAGCUCAGCCCUACAGGGAUGGCCCCAUCCUGUGAGGGGCUGGCUGGUCCCUAGGGGAUGGCUUAUCCCUAGAGGGAUGGCUCGGCCCCAGGGGGCUGGCUUGUCCCCAGAGGGUUGGCUUAUCCCAGGGGGAUGGCGUGUCCCCAGAGGGUUGGCUUGUCCCCAAGGGAUGGCUCAUCCCCAGGGUCUGGCGUGUCCCCAAGGGGCUGCCUCCUCCCCAGGCCCCCUCAGCCCCCUGGGCCCAGCCGGACCCCUCAGCGCCCCCUCCUAUGAGGCCGCCCCUGCCCCCGGGGCCUGCCCAGCGCCCAGCGUCGCCCGAUGCCCCCCAAUAAACGGAGCAGCCCCCCCCGACCCCGCCCCGUGUCGUCCCUUCGAGCCCCCCCCAGGGUCCCCCCGCCGGGGUUCGGGGGUCCCAGGUCCCAGCAGGGAGCGGGGGGCGGCCGGGGGGGUCCCGGGCUGCGAGGGGGGGGCAGCGCCGCCAUGUUGGGGGCGGCUGUGGUGGGCGCCGCCAUGAUGGGUGUGGCGGCUGGGGGCGGCCAUGAUGGGUGUGGCGGGGAGGGGCCCCAGCGGGCGCCGCCAUGAUGGGUGUGGCGGCGGGCUCUGGGAGCGGCCAUGAUGGGUGCGGCCGUUUCCUCUGCCGUGGCCGCGCG